AUGGACUGCUCCCCUGUUCCCACAACCCUUGUCGAAAUGGACCCUGCAACACAGGAGCCCCAUGGCCUUCUCAAACACCUAUCCCAGCAACUCAAAGCCUUUGAACCUAGCCAUCCUUCCCAUAAUGACCUUCAGAGGCUUGGAAUCCAAGUAUCCCAAGUCGCGACGAAGUAUACAGUCAACCCCGACCCUGAAGAAAACGAGAAACCACCCAUACUAAGACUCGUUCCAACCUUUGAUGAAAUCUUAGAAGAUUGCCAAGAGGAGUAUUCGGACCCAGAAGAAGUCCAGCAAGCAGUGGAGUCUCAAACCGAGGCACUUCAAAACUUACAAUAUGACGAGGACUGGUAUAUGCAAGGCCUACCAGUAUACUAUUAUAUUGGCUGGCAGCUUCAUACAUCUAGAACCAUUCAGCCAGGAAUAUAUUGCCUUUGGGACCUCGGGGACCAGGAAUUUUUCUCCCCACCGUACAAACAAGGAGAUCCUAAGUUAUGUUCUAGUCAGCCUAAAUAUUGGCAGGUAAAGCAUACUUUACGAUAUAGCAGUGACAGGGACUCCAGACGGCACCGGUGGAGAUGUUCAUUCGGUACCACUUAA